AUGAACACAAAGAUACGGCUCGAUAAACUAGGAGAAGCGGAAAUCACGCCCUUCAAGCUUGUCCUAUGCAGUUGCCACGGAAGAUCGCUGCCAGAAGGAAGAUGCUCGAGCUAUGUAACUCUUUAUAGAGAGCUCACCAACGAGACUAUCUUUUCAUCCCGCGGUAGUACAACGACAGAUUGCGCCCUUGCUUCUCGAUAUCUCUGCUCCGCGGACCCUUUGGACGUGGCAUCUUCCUCGUCUGAGAACGAAUCAGAGAAGUACCUGCCAGAAGACUCCCUCGAGGAUAAUUGCCUUGCGCUGUGGAUGUUCUCAAUCCCGUGGCGUCCUACUUCUUAUCUGUGGCCUCAAGGUCUCCCAAAUUCCGAGUCAAGGCUACGGUCGAAUGCGAGCGUUAUACUUCUCAUCAAAAUUCACAACAUUACCCUCUCACCCGAUCACACAAUAGCUGGAGCGCAUGUCGAUGAGGCAGGCAAAAAGGCCUCCUGCAAGGAAAGAGUGGCGGGAAAACCGAUGGGCGUACCGGUGCAAAUUGGAGACUUCGUCGAUGAAGGUACGACAAUGCAAACGUGGAUCAGCAAGGAGAACCCCAUCUUAAAAAGAGAAGAUAAGGCCGAAGUCGAAUACAUGUUCGCACUAGCACUGAUUGAGCAUUCUAAUGUCAAGAAACCACCGUAUUCUGCCUCGUUGUCUCGCAAUACGACUUGA